AAUAAUAAAAGCGUCGGACGGAGGGCCGGUGAAUAGACCUAGGAGACGCAGCCCGCCGGAUCAAGAUUGGCUUUUACGGCGGAACCCAAGUCCUGAUUCGGGUUCUUUGGUGAAGAAUCGGAAGAGCAGAGAGAAGGCGGUGAGUGACGAUGGAACAGAAUGAAAAAGCAAAUAGAGCAAUUCACGACGGAGAAGAGCUACAAAAGAUAUGGAGUUGGGGAGCAGGAACUGACGGGCAGCUGGGCACUGGCAAGCUCGAAGACGAGCUCCUCCCUCAACUACUUCACCUUCCUUCUCUCACCUCUUCUGGACCCAUCUCUCUUCUUGCCUGUGGCGGCGCUCACGUGAUCGCCUUGUCCUCCGGUGGGAGGGUGCUGACUUGGGGAAGGGGUACGUCUGGUCAACUUGGCCAUGGGGAAAUGGUUAAUAGCUUGUAUCCUAUGCCUGUCACUUCUUUGCAAGACUACUUUAUUACCCAUGUUUCUGCCGGCUGGAGCCACUCUGGUUUUGUUUCAGAUAGUGGGUGCCUUUUUACUUGUGGAGAUGGCUCCUUUGGUCAGCUUGGGCAUGGCGAACAUCGCUCACAUUGCUCUCCUGUAAGAGUCUCAUACUUCUUGAAUGAGCGUGUUAAACAAAUGGCAUGUGGCAUGCGCCACUCGCUCGUCUUGUUGGAAGGAUCUCAAGUUUAUGCAUUUGGGUCCGGGAAGCGUGGUCAACUAGGUAUCUCCAUGAAUAGGAUUAAAUCUGUCAGUCUUCCUGAAAUAACUCAUGGAUUGGAACAUGUGAAAAUUAUUAGCAUAGCUGCAAGUGGAGAUCAUAGUGCAGCAUUAUCUGUUGAUGGGCAUCUUUACAAUUGGGGAAGAGGGUUCAGUGGCUCUCCAGAUUCUCACUUUCCUCAAUUUUCUUCUUCAUCUUUCAUGUUUACUAGAGCCGCUCUUGGAUGGAACCAUGCAUUAGCAUUAACUGGUGAUGCAGAAGUUUUUAUGCUUGGUGGCAACUACCAUGGAGUCCUUGGUGACCUUGAAAAAAUGAGACCAGCAAACCAGUUACCUGAUUCAAGGGAAGCUAUUCUGGAGAAAGUAGCUGGUCUUGAUGGGGUAAAAAUUCUGCAGAUUGCAGCUGGAGCUGAGCACUCUGCUGUGGUAACAGAGAAUGGAGAAAUAAAAACAUGGGGCUGGGGUGAACAUGGCCAACUUGGCUUGGGGAAUACUUGUGAUCAAACUAGCCCUCAGGCAGUGAGUCUGAGCGGCAAUACCAACAGAGCUGCGAGCUUCAAAGUUUAUUGUGGAAGUGGGUUUACAUUUGCCAUAAUGCAUCCCUGCAACCUGUCCUAAACCUGAUAUAACCAUGUAUGUCGGGGAAGCUGCCCCUUUUAGUGGUAAGCCCAUGUCUUUCAUGGUGAUUGGUUGAAGUAAAUGGUCCCCACAUCAUAAUCAUCGUUCUUAUAUGGUGUUGUUUUUUGUACAUCAUAUGAACACUUAGGUUGUAGACAUCAAAUGUACAGCCAAUGCAUGAUGCUUAUGCAUUGCGUGCUUAGUAUGCUAAUUUUUGCCUUA